UAUUUUAAAGGUACACUCCUAAUCACCAAAACCCAAUCCAUAGCUUCUUCUUCAUCAUCUUCCUUAUCCAACACUCUCACAUCACAAGAACAGAGGAGAGAGAACAAUGUCCCUAACCUCCUCUCUCCUUCAACUCCCUCUCUGCCAAUUCAAAUCUCUCUCCCUCACCACCCCCUUCCUCCAUGGCUCCUCUUCCACCUCUCUCCUCCACAAACCCUCUUCCUCUCUCUCUCCUCCCAACCCACUUCCCCUCACUUUCCUCCCCCCCAUCCGAGCCAUGAAAACGCUUCAGGGCCGAGUCGUCUGCGCCACCAACGACAAGACCGUGGCGGUUGAGGUGGUACGACUCGCUCCGCACCCAAAGUACAAGCGACGGGUCAGGAAGAAGAAGAAGUUCCAAGCUCACGACCCAGAUAACAAGUUCAAAGUCGGCGACUAUGUCCAGCUCGAGAAGAGUGGACCCAUUAGCAAAACCAAGACUUUUAUUGCUAUUCCGAUCGCUGCGAGGAAUGUGCCCAAGCCGAAGGAGGUCGUGCCGCCGGAGCUUGGGCUUCCAUUAGAGUCUCAGCAAACCUAAAAGUGAGCUUUGUUUUGUAUGUCAUUGGUCUUUGAUUAUCUGGGUCUGCUUCAAUUUUCUGUUUUCUUCAAUAAUUUGUACUUUCUUUGUAAUUUGUGGAUAGUUUUGUUGAUGGGUAUGCUUUGGAUUGAAUUGCUUUGAAUGCUUUCAAUUGGUAUGUGAAUGGGUUUUUUGUUCAUCA